AUGCAAUUGUCAAGUAUUUUAUUAUCGAUUGUUUCUCUUACAAUCUUGACUAAUCCUAGUGAUGCCAGAAAGAUAACUUAUAGUAAAAGAUCAAGUUCAAGUCCUGCAAGUGCUCAAGUACUUGCUUUUAAUAAUCUUGGAUUCACUGGUUCUUUUAAUGAAGUUAGCAAUUUAGAUGAUAUUUAUUCAGAUACAUGUUCUUGUGCAAUCAAUCCAGCUCCAGUGAAUUUCACUGGUCCAAAUGCUCCUUUAAAUGGUGAAGUUUCUGUUCAUUUCAGAGGUCCAUUAAUCUUGAAUAAAUUUGCCUUUUAUGUUUCUGAUAAUUUCACAAAUGGAGAUUCCCUGAGUGGCGCUUGGAAUAGAUUAUCAUAUUAUGAUGCUGAAAGUCAAACUUCUCAAAAUGUAACCUUUUUAAAUAAUGAAGGUGAAAAUUCAACUUGUCUUGGUGUUGGUUUAUCUUAUGCCAAUUCUGAUGCAAGCGCUGCUGCUCAAAGUUCAACUAUUUUAGCAGCCGAUUCUGAACUUGUUUCUAAUCAAGAAAUUUCCAUUUUUUCAAACAUUUCUUGUGGUUCAUCUGGUCUUGGUAAUGAUUGUGGGAUUUAUAGAUCAGAUAUUCCUGCUUAUCAUGGUUUCUUUGGAACCACCAAGAUGUUUUUAUUUGAUUUCCAAAUGCCAAAUGAAACUCUGGUUCCUGAUUGGACUGCCAAUUAUAAUAUGCCAGCUAUUUGGUUAUUAAAUGCCAAUAUUCCAAGAACGGCUCAAUACUCUUCUAAUGUCAAUUGUUCAUGUUGGAGAUCAGGAUGUGGCGAAUUUGAUAUCUUUGAAGUUAAAAAUAAUACCGCAUCUUUAGUUAAUCAAUUAUUUACUACUAUUCAUGAUUAUCAAGGUACUGAUGAUAUUGAAUCUGGUUUACAAGUGAAUGGUUAUAUCCCAAGAGAUACUGAAAAUUCAAUGGUUGGUGGUGUUAGUUUUGAUUCAAAUGGUAGUGCCUAUGUUUGGCUUUCAAAUUCAACUACUUUUGAUGAAGUUAUCUCAGCUUCAGAUUUCAUUGCUUGGACUGCCAAUGAUAAAGAAGUUACUGAUCAAUUAUCUUCAGUCCCUGUCGCAGGUGCAAGUUCAUCCAAGAAGAGUUCAGGCGCCAGUAUUAAUGAUGAUUCAUUCUACACCAGAUUAUUUAUCAGUUUAUUCAGUAUGUUCGUUUGGUUCACUUAG